AUGUCUUCCGAGGACGCCUCGCAGAAGGAGUUCAAGGAUCCGGAAACCGUCGUGGUACAAGACGCAGAGAACAUCUACCGUCCAGAUGUAGACACGUCAGGUAUCGACGAGCGUAAGCUCAUGAGAAGGAUCGACUGGCAUGUGGUGCCCUGGCUCGCGGUGCUAUACCUUCUCAACUUCUUGGACCGCGGCAACAUCGGAAAUGCGAAGCUGUACCAUAUGACGGAUGACCUGCAUAUCACGGACAAGCAAUACUUGAUUGCGCUGACCGUGUUCUUCUUCCCAUAUGCGUUGUUCGAGCCACCAAGCAACCUCGCACUGAAGAAGCUGCGCCCUUCGAUAUGGCUAUCAUCAAUUAUGCUCGUGUGGGGAAUAGCUAUGACCCUUCAUGGUGUAAUCACCAACUAUGCCGGCCUGCUUGGCCUCCGUUUUCUCCUAGGACUCGCAGAAGCGGGUCUGUAUCCUGGCAUCGUGUUUUACAUGUCUUGUUGGUACAAGCGCAACGAACUUGGAACUCGAGUGGGCGUGUUUUUCUCCUCGGCUACGAUCGCGGGAGCUUUCAGCGGAUUGCUCGCCGCUGCCAUACACAACAUGGACGGCGUCGGAGGAAGGCCUGGCUGGGCAUGGAUUUUCAUCCUGGAAGGACUCGUCACCGUCGUCUGCGCGGUGGCUUCGUUCUUUAUCCUCUCGGACUUCCCGGACACUGCGAAGUUCCUGAACGAAACCGAACGUGUGUGGGUCGUUCGGAAGUUGCAGGCAGACAUGAAGUACAGUGCGGGUGGCGAGACGUUCAAGAUGAAGUACGUUUGGCAAUGCCUAACCGAUAGGCAGACAUGGCUAGCAAUGGGGAUUUACAUGGGCUUCGAUGGGCCUCUCUUCGCCUUUUCGCUGUUCACCCCCACUAUCAUUAGCCAGUUGGGCUUCCAAGCCACAGCAGCCAACCUGCUCUCCGUGCCGGUGUAUGCAUGGGCUUGCAUAAUGACAGUUGUGAUUGGCUUUUUGGGAGAUAGGGUGAAGACGAGGGCUUGGAUAAAUCUUUGUCUAUUCGGAAGCGGCCUCGUUGGCUACAUCAUCUUGAUAUCCUCCACGAACCCGUCGCUGUCAUAUUUCGCCGUAUACCUCGCUGCAUCAUCCAUCUAUCCGACCAUUCGUACCGCAUGGGUUUCAAGCAACGUCGAGGGUUCUUACAAGCGAAGUGCCGUCCUCGGCAUGGCCAUCGGCUGGGGCAACUUGAAUGGCGCGGUGACUUCGAACAUCUAUCGCGCAGUCGACAAGCCAUGGUACAGGCUGGGCCACGGGAUCGUGCUCGCCUACAUCGCCAUCGGCUGGCUGUGCUCGCUCGGGAUGUACUUCCAUCUCAAGCGGGAGAACGCGGCGCGGGAGCGCGGAGAGCGAGACGAGGUCAUUGACGGUGUGGACAGCAAGCAUGCGCACGAAAAGAACGGGCAAUUCGAGAGCGUCGAGGCGGCGCGGAGCGAGAAGGGCGACCAGUGGAGCGGGUUCCGUUACUCGCUAUGA